AUGAAUAAAAUUUUUAUCUUAGCUACCAUUCUUGCUGUUUGCCUCGCUGCUCCUGCUGCUCUUACAGGAAAUGUUAAUACUGUUAUGCUCAAUAGUGAUGUCACAUUUAAGUAUAGUAUUGUGAAUGAUAUGAUUAACAUUCAAGUCAUGGUUAAUAGCCCAGGUGCUAUUGGUAUUGGAUUAGGUGGAUCAGUUAUGGCUGGAAUUGAUGUUGCACAUCUUUGGUGGGAUGGUUCAAAAGUUAAUCUCGCAGAUAGAAACUAUAUUAAUUCUACUCCUGGUGUAGUUGAUCUUGAUACAGCAAGAGGUGGUACUAGUGACUUUACUGAUUAAGGUUCAACUUAUGACCAAGCUACAGGUAAUUGGGUAGCAUCAAUUAGUAGAAAAUUGACUACUGGAGAUAAGUACGACAAUGCUGUUACAGAUGGAGCACAAAUGUAAGUUGCUGUAGCUAGAUUUGGUACACAAACUUGGGGAGCUCAACACACAGCCGCUUUUUAUUCAACUGUUAAAUUGUCAUCUUCUAUGGUUAGUUCAACUUCUUCAGCUUAAUUACUUAACUUAGCUGCUAUUAUUUUCAUGACUCUCUUUUGUUUGAUUUGA